AUGAAUUAUUUACGUUGUUCUCACGUGGCAUCUAUAUUAGCAAAUGGUUCCGUCUUAGUUGUUGGUGGAUACAAUGGUGUUUAUUUAGCUACUGCUGAAGUAUACAACCCUACAACAAAUACUUGGACAAAUACAGCUAAUAUGAGUUAUGCCCGACAGUCACCUACAAUAUCUAUAUUAUUAAAUGGAAAAAUAUUAGUUGCUGGUGGAUAUAAUGGUGGUUCGUUAAACGUUGCUGAAUUAUAUGAUCCAUCGUCAAGCACUUGGACAGUUACAGGUAGUAUGAAUUGUGUACGAAAUAGUCAUGCAGCAUCUGUAUUAGCCAAUGGAAAUGUAUUAGUUACGGGUGGAUGUAAUAGUAAUAGUUUUGCUGAACUAUAUAACCCAUCAACAGGAAAUUGGACAAUCACAGGAAAUAUGACUGCUAUACGCGCUUCUCAUACAAUAUCCACAUUAACAAAUGGAACAAUAUUAGUUGCUGGUGGUGUUUUUAGCAGCAAUAUUUAUUUAAAUAGUGCAGAAUUAUAUUAA